GGCUUUAAUCGUCCGAACUGUCAGCACAGAGGAUGACAUUCUGGUUAUAACCAACGAAAGAGUGCCUCGUUUCUGAUUUUUAAAUAAUUUCUGUGCUAAGUAGGGAAUGCUGGCUAAUGUCGGAAGGUUAUUACGGAGCUUAUCCAUUGCGUCCGUGCAAGGUGUAACGCUUAGGAGGGGCUUAUGCAGUGUAAAGGAUUUUGAACCAAGCAAUGAUGUCCUCACAAAAGUGCAACAUCAAAUCAAUAACCAGAACACAGGCCGAAACUUCGCAGUUGUUCAUCUUUGCGGGAAACAAUUUAAAGUAUCAACAGGUGACAUAGUUAUCGUGGAAGGAUAUUGGCCACCUACAGUCGGCGAUCAGGUUCGGUUAGAAAAAGUGAUGUUGGCGGGCUGUAAGGAUUUCACUCUAUUCGGUCGUCCCAUCUUGGAACCAGGCACGGUUGAUGUGCAAGCUACCGUCGUUGAUAAAACCCUGUCGCAUACAAAAACCCAUUUCCGAAAGAAACGAAGGAAACAGUAUAUGCGAAUCAAUUUCCAGAGAGUUUACCAGACAAUGUUGCGAAUUAAUUCGAUUCAGAUGCGAGGGCUAGACCAAGGAAGUAAUAUUCAAAAAAGCUUGUUUUAAAGUAGGAACUGUUCUAGAUUAGCGUUUGGAAAAAUACAAAGUUGUAAAUG